UUUAGGUUUUUGUCAAUUCUCACACACGCCCCUACCAAAAUGGUGUCUCAGCAACCAGCGGUGUCUGCGGAGGCACUCUCGGCCUCGGGCCGGAGCUCCGAGAAGCUGAGCCUCCCGGCGCUCCAGUCCAAGAUGAAGUCCGACCCGGAAGGAUAUGAGUCGGAGCUGGUCCUGAUCCACAGCCAGUUCAAGUCCUCGCUAGAGCUCUUCCGACAACAAGCGGCUCUUAACUUCACCUCCAUCAGCGGCAUCGGCAGCGACCCCGCCGUGGCGAAAGACCUCGGCGACCGAGCCAUGGUAUUGGCCCACGUCACCCCGUUCUACCCCCAGCACCUCGCUGAUUUCCCCAGCCAACUCGCCGAUUUCCUCGCCUCCUCCGCCAGAUCGCUACCGUCAGGGCUGAGGUGUCACAUCACGCAAGCGCUGAUUCUUUUAGCUAAUCGGAAGAUGGUUGAGAUCAAAGCAACCCUACCGUUGUUCAUGGAGCUACAGACUCUAGGCGAUAGAGUUUUAAAGAAAUUGGCGUUCUCUCAUGUUGUUCAUAGCAUUAAGCAAAUGAAUCAGAAGCAUAAAAACGAGGCUAAGAAUCGUGCGCUUCAAAAUAUCUUGUUUCCCAUGCUACAGCAUGAGGAUGAAGUGAAGGCCAAGAGAUCGCUCAUCACGCUAUGUGAGCUUCACCGGAGAAAGGUGUGGUUCGAUGAUAGAACCGCCAAUGCGAUUUGUACAGCAUGUUUUCAUUCCUCAACGAGGAUCAUGAUUGCUGCUCUGUCGUUUCUUCUGGAUUAUGAGAAGAUUGUAGACGAUGAUGAUAGCGAUGCUUCAAGCAGUGAAGACGACUCUACUCCUCAAAAGCCUCAGGCUGUCCUAAGUAAAGAGGCUGUUUAUAAGGCACACCAUAAAGGAACAUCUUCGAGCAAGAAGAAAAAGAAAGCAAAACUGCAGCGUGCAAUGCGUACUAUGAAAAGGCAGCAACGCUUGUCAUCAGAAAAGACCACAUCAAAUUAUUAUUCACCUCUUAACCAUCUUAAAGAUGCGCAGGGAUUUGCUGAGAAGUUAUUCUCUCGUCUCCAAAUUUGCAAUGAACGAUUUGAGGUUAAGAUGAUGAUGGUGAAAGUAAUAGCUCGAACAAUUGGACUUCACCGCUUGAUUCUGUUAAAUUUCUAUCGUUUUCUUGAGAAAUAUGUUCAGCCCCAUCAACGUGAUGUUACAAAUUUACUUGCAGCAGCAGUUCAGGCCUGCCAUGAUAUGGUCCCACCUGAUGCAGUUGAACCGCUAUUCAAACAGAUAGUAAAUCAGUUUGUACAUGAUCGUUCACGCACAGAGGCCAUUGCUGUUGGACUGAAUGCUAUAAGAGAGAUAUGUUUACGAAUUCCAUUGUUGAUGACAGAAGACUUGCUGCAAGAUCUUGCAUUAUACAAGAAAUCACAUGAGAAGGCAGUAUCAGUUGCAGCUCGUUCAUUGAUUACUUUGUUUAGAGAGGUUUGUCCAUCACUGCUAAUUAAGAAGGAUCGUGGGCGGCCUACUGACCCAAAGGCAAGGCCAAAAGCAUAUGGAGAAGUUGAUGUGGUCAGUGAUGUUCCCGGUGUUGAGUUAUUGCAAGCUGAUGACAAUAGCGAGGGGGAUGUUAGUGAUACUGUUGGGUCCACAUUCAGUGACUCUGAUGAUGAUCAUGAGAAUUAUGAGAUUUCUGCUGCCAGUGAUAAUGAAGAAAAUCAGCUAGACAGUGAUGUUACUGGAAGUGAAGAUGAUGAAGUAGAAGACGAUGAUGACAGUGAUGCCAAUGGCGAUGGUGGUGAUGAUGAGGAUGAUGAUGAUGAUGAGGAAGAGGAGGAGGAGGAGGAGGAGGAAGUGGAAGAGAAGGACAUGGAGGUAGUAGAGGCCGCUGGGCAUGAACCUAACGGUUCGGAUAUAACUAAUGAUGAUGCCAAGGCUAGUGAAACUGGAGUAAAAGAAUCUAAAGGAAAGAAAAGGAAGUCACCUGAUUUUGAUGGAAAAUUGCUUGCUGCUGAUGCAAGUCUUCAGGCUCUAAAGAGAUUGGCAGGAGUGACAAUGGGCCGUACCUCAUCUGACUCAACCGAUGGAAUUCUUUCUAAUGAGGACUUCCGAAGGAUCAAGGAAUUAAAGGCAAAGGGUGAAGCAAAAACUGCUUUGGCUCAGCAUGGGUUGUUAAGAAAGGGCGUUCCAAGUUCUGAUCGACUGAGUGUUAAGCGAGUGGAUCCUGCCAUGCUUGAAGCUCAUGUACGCAAAAAGAUGAGCAAGGAGGAAAGAUUAGAGUUAGUGAGGGAAGGAAGGGAGGACAGAGGGAAGUACCAGGCUCGAGCUGCUGUAAAACAGAAAAAGACGGGUGGUCUAAGCAAUAGGCAGAAGGAGCGUAAGAAGGCUAUGCCUAUAGUUGCAAAGAAAGCCAAGGCAGCAAGAUCUCGACAAGAGAAGAAGAAAAAACAGCAGCGUUCUGGCAAACAGUUCCGGGGUAGGAAGUCAUGGAAAUGAUCACGACCAAAUUUUACCUGCCUAUACCAUAUCCUCUUUUUAUCUUUAUAUAUUUGUAGUGUUUUUUUUUUUUUUUUGGCCAUAUUUUUAAAUGAAAAUGAUCCCUUGGGAUUUCUAAUUUCUAAUUUAUUUCUUUGCUCAUGCAUAUUUAAUUGAAAUGUAAUUCAGUUUCUUCAACUGUUCGUUACUAGGUCAAGUUAUAAAAUUCUUUGUUUA